AUGGCGAAAGGAGUCAAGUCAGCGGUACCAGCGACGCCGGUGAAGUCGAGUGGAACGCGCAACGAGGCUUCGAUGUUCUCCGGGAGUUCGUUCUCGACCCCAGCGACGGAUCGGAUUGAGUCGAUCGACGAGCGCUCGGUGAGCUACGACACGGCGAUUGAUUCCUCGGACGCCAAGGAAGAUGAUGAAGACGAUGACUGGGAUGUCAGGACUGUGACGUCCGAGACUUCGGAAGCUGCGGUUGUGUCGGCGUGCCGCAGUGGAGGAUCGAGGUCGAUCACCCGCGACCUCUCCGAAACGUUCAACGACAUGCCGGGCCCCGAGCCCGCCUAUGACGCGGAUGACGGUGCGACCGAGGGUUUCAGAGCCUCGCCGGUUGGCACUCGUCCUCCCAUCAACGGCGAUACCCCGGCGGCCAACAAGGUUCUAGGCCGAUGCCUGGAGCUGAUGAAGACCAAGAGCGAGUGGAUGCAGUUGUUCUCCCCGAAGCAGGUCGCUCAGAACACUGUGGACCUCCUGCGGGCGAUGGGGUGCGAACCUCAGAUCCUCCCGACGGAAGCUGCUCUCGCGAGCUGGACGCCAACCACCGGCGCUAAGGCUCUUACCAAGUGGAGGAAGAAGUUAAACCGAGGCUCAACGAAGCUUCGUUCGGUCCCGGGAGCGGUUGACCCCGCCAAGGUCCCGCUACCAGCGACCCCUCGGAAGGCAGCCACGGAUGACGGAGUCUUCGCAGUCAAGGGCGAGGCUUCGCCGUACAUGCAAGACGCGCACAUGGUAACUCCACGAUCUACGGACCGUAGUGAACGUCUGGCUAGGGAGAACGAGGCUUCAUUCGCCACGCCUGGCACGCGCGGAGCGACCGGUCGUCGGUCCGGCCGACGUUACGACCUCCAAGAUGAUUCGUCGGACAGCGACGACGACCACGGGCCCGACUACUACGAAGGGGACCUACCGAGCGAAUGGGCACGUCAGGUGCGCGAGCUAAGGGCGACCGACAACCAGAGCUCAACCCCAACGCUCGAGAUCGCCACGCAUUUGCCUCUCGCCAACAUCAAGCCGUUCUACGGAACGCGCGACAAGAGCGAGCACUCCAUGCAGUGGCUCCGAACGUUCAUCUAUGAGAUGAAGGGAACGCAUGCACCACCCAACGGGUGGUGUAUGCCGAUCGAACUUAAGCUCAGGGAUGGAGCCAUGCACGGGUGUCGCCAGCUCCCACGCAAGACAAGACGCACGUGGAAGUUGCUGAGCGAGGCGUUCAUCAAGUACUAUUGCUCGAAGUUUUCCCAGUCCGCGAAGGCUCGGUACUACUCGGCCAAGCGGGAAGACAAUGAACACGUUUGUGACUACCUCAACCGGCUCAACGGCUACGCUCGCAACGACGGUGGUCGUGACGCGAAGGACCACGUGGACCACUUCUUGGUCACGUGUGACGACCGAAACUUAGAAGACCGUCUGUGCCACGUCCGGGUCAAGAGCAUCCAUGACCUCGAAGACAUGAUCAACGACAUCCUGCGUCACCGUGACCGCAAAUCGAACCGAGAGUCGUUCCGCCGCUCUCGGAGUCAAGAUGAUGGACGUCGACGCGAUGCGAGGUCGAACGAGGAUUCUCGUGGUGGCUACCGCCGCGAACAACGCUACCACGACGAAGACCGUAGCGAACGACGUCGCCGUGACAGCGACCGCAGCAACGACCACAGUGAAGACGACCGUCGCCGUGACCGACGCGAUGGAUCGCCGUACCAGUCCCGAGUCACUUUGGUUGACGCGCUGGCCGAUGUGAUGGCGGAAUGGAACGUCGGAGGCUCGGUCGGUGCACGCAACGAGGCUCCAUACGCCCCCCGACGUGAUGCUGAGGCGAACGAGGAUUACUUCGAGGAUGAGCGCCAAUACUCGGCCGACCAACGCUCGGACCAGGAUUCAGACGCUGAUUACGACUCGGAUGGGUCUACCGGACAUGUCGCUGCUGCUAACGAUGCUGAGCGCAGGGCCGCAGCCGAAGGAACGUUCGCUCGGUCUGAUAACCGACGCUUCAGGAACGAAGGAGGCCCGUCCAACCGUGGACGAGAUGGUCGACGCUAUGGGCCGUGUGCCGCGUGCGGAAGCCCGUCCCACUCGGUGCACUUCUGCUGCCGGCGGUGCAAACUGUGCAAACAGGUGCACGACGCUGGGAAGUGUGAAGCACUCCACGAGCUCACCAAGCUCCUGAAGUCCAAGGUCGACAAGAAGGAUCUGUCACCAGAGCUGCAAAGCCUGGUGGAUGGAAGCCAUUUAAACUAG